AAAUAAGUUUUUAUUUGGAAUAACUCAACCAAUCGGAUAUUGUCAACAAUAUGAUUGUAUUCAAGAUAAAUUAACAGUAGAAGAUUAUUUUUAUUUAUUUGGACGUUUACGUGGUAUAUAUUAUUAUCAUCUUAAACAAACAAUUAAAAUAAUUUCAAAUUUAUUUUUACUUGAUUCUUUUUUAAAACAAUAUGUUAUUCAAUUAAGUGGUGGAACAAGAAGAAGAAUGCAUGCUGCUUUGGCUUUUCUAGGACCGCCAAAUCUUAUUCUUCUUGAAAAUCGUUCAUAUUAA